AAUUAUGGGCUGAUAAAAAUCCGGAAAUCCACAAAAUGGAAACAUACCUUAAAUCUCUCGCUCCUAAACAAGAACAUAUCAGUCCAAUCCAUCUAUCCAAAUGGCUCUGAAAAUUCGGUUCACCUCCCCUCUUUUCUGCUCCGCCUCGCCCGUCACUCUCUCCACCCACAAACUCAUCACACGAAUCUCGUGCACCGCCUCUGGUGACGGCGGCAUCAGCGACGCGAAGUUGGCGUCCGAGUUUGCGGUUAGGGUUGCGAGAUUGCACGCGCAAUCGUUGCAAGCGGAUGAGGCCAUGAGCAAGAGCAGAAAGCUUCUAUUUGGAGAGCUGUGCGAGUAUAUGUGCCUCAACGAAGAGCAGGCCCAACAUAAAUGGAGCAGCAUGGAUGAAGAGGAGAAAUUGGUUUUGGUGAAAGCUUUUCUUAAGGAGUGGGGUUCGCAUUUUCAUCCCUUGUCCGCGAGGUCCACCAAAGAGAUGUUGGAGGAAUAUCUGCGACAGGGGAACGGACCUCCCAAGCCUUCUAGUUCUUCCUCCUUCUUUUCGGGACUCAAUAGGAUUAUUGGUUUUCCGUAGACAGUUACUCCAUUUAGUUGGACUCCAUACUUCAAUUUGGUUCCUUGUAAUUUUCAUUUUCUCUUACAAAUAAAAAAAUUGAGCAUGGGGUUGCAUGCCGUUAUAGAAGAAAUGUACAUUUUUAUGCAGUAAAAUUUGAAGAGUUAAAUGGUAGAUGGUCUGAAUUCGUUGAUGGCCUGCUCUCUAGGUUACAGCAUUUCAGUUUAGUUGUUCAUAUUUCAUGUAUCUUAUAACCAUCUAUUGUCUAUUUCAUGAUAUUUGGAGUGAAGGUG